AUGGAGGAUACGCGCGAGUCACAAUUCGCACAGACUAGUCCCAAGGCCUCACCUCCCAGACCCACGCGAGCGGCAAUCAGCCCGCAGCUGAGACUCAAGACAACCGGUCUAUCAGUGCCCACACAUGCCCGCCUUGCUCGUCUAAGAUCGCCUCUCUCUGCGGGGACAACAUCAUCGUGCUGCUCAGAUACAGAUACAGAAUGGCAACGACAUUCUCAAGGAUACGAUGACCUGUACGACGCCACAGAUGACGAUAUGGAUGACAAUGAGACGGAAAUUAGCGACUCGUGCUUUUCCCCCGAUACCCGGCCAUCAAGUUUGGUGACACCAAUUACUCGGAACUCAGUGACUUCAACAGGAAGUCGAAAACGCCUCCUCACCCUCGAGAUUCCUUCACCUACAGUGUGGCCAUCCAUGACCGGGGGUCACAAGAGCUCGCCAAUACCACCAACUCCCCCUCCCAAGAUCCCUGUGUCCCCUGCAGCUUUAUCCAUGCUCGGCCGCGCCGUACCCGCAUACCACGCUCCUCCUUCGCUCGAUGGAAGUAUCUCUUCCGACCAGGAAUCGGUCAUCAGUGGAUUGGCUACACCAGACUCUCAGUCUCUACCAGAUACAAACUGGACCGCGCAUGAUAUACAUGUUCGACCCGAUCUGGAUGGAAGUGAUAGUGAUAUGGACAAUGGAGAUGGCAGCUCAGACAUUGAAGUGCCUAUCGCCAUUGAGAGCUCGCACGAUGACUGGCGCCAUGUUCUGGGAAAUUUCCCUCAGAUUCCUUCUGCUGCUCAGAGAUAUUCACCCUCACCAUCGCCGUCGCUUCAAUUGAAUGACGAGCCAAUACGCGAGUCCACGCCCACGAACCAGGGUGUCUUCCUACCUGACUCGGCUCUGGCUAUGCUGCACCAUAUUCGUCUGGAUGGUACACCUGACUCGUGGUCUGAAACUUCCGAAGGAAAUGGCGAGAUGUGGCAGCUGCAAGCACCUCCCAGCCGUCCACGCAGUGCUGAUGGGGUUACUCCGGCAUCCGAGCUGUCUGGAUACAGCUUUAGUGACCUGAGCAUCCCGUCGCCUGGAGGUUUCUUUGCCUCGCUUGCGCCGCGUGCCCGCCACACUUGGUCCAUUCCAAAUACCAACAACCAGCCAACAUCAGCAGCAGCAGAAGGAUUCUACAACCUGCCAUGGCGUCGGGAUGAGGGGGAAAUUGUGGAGCAGGUGGUCGACUGGCCCGAACGCCCUGUUGAAGAAGACCCAGUCACAGCGGUUCGAGAUGAAGAAGACCCGCCUACUGCCAUUCGUCUCUGUGAGACACCAACGCGUCGGUCCAUCUACCAGGAUAGUCCGAUGAGCGCUGCCUUUGAUGCUGUGCAAGUUCAGGAGAUUCCUCGCUCGGGAAAUGGGUACGAAUAUGACGAGCUUUAUGACCAGGAACUACAGCACCGUGCAGUUGACAGCCACGACCGAACCAGUGUCUGGCUGGCUGCACAGGCCUCGUACCUCGCCGCUCUCAAUGAGACCAAUCCAGUAAAUGAGCUUGAGCCCAUCCAGGCUGCUGAUGAUGAGACUGAAGCUGCCGAGGCUGAAGUGCAAGAGAAGACAGAAGAGUCUUCCAAGAAGAUGGUCCGAUUUUCCGAGGCUAUUCCCGAGGCUUUGAGUCCCUUGCCGUCAAUGCUUGCCAGCAAGGACUCAAUUUACUGGCAAGGUUUCCAGUCCAUUAGGCAACGAUCAAGCAAGACUGAUGGUUUCCUCCACCGUAACAUGCGCUUCGAUGCUGUUCAGUCCAUGCGUCUUGGAAUGAGCGACCUGCAUAUCAAUUGUCUUAUUGGCAAGUAUGAGCUUGUCCGCCGAGAGCGACCUGCGUACAAGGGCCCCUUUGCCAAGGCUCCUCGCAACUCGGUGAUCACAUCCGAGCUAGCUGAGAAGGCUAAAUUCGACAAGCUUGAGAAGGAACAACUGGUCCUCGCUCAACUCUGCCAGCCCAUGUGGGCCAUGGACGCUCUUCGGUCUCUCAAUGGCGGCAAGCUCCUCACAAGCCCUGCUCAGCGCCGGCUUGCACGCACCACCUCCAACCCCAGCUCGGCUGAAGCACCAGGCAAGCGCAGCUUCCGAAUCCUUGAUCUCGGUGGCCACUCCUCCUGCGACUGGGCGUGGCAAGCAGCUCACGAGUUCCCAAAUGUCAAGGUCUACACCGUGGCAUCCAAGAACCAAACUGUGAACAGCGCCAUCAAAGGCCCACCUAACCACCGCCAGGUCACUGUCCAAAGCCUCUGGGAACUCCCCUUUGGCAACAACCAAUUCGACCUGAUUUCAGCACGCUCCCUCCACUCCCUACUCAAGACGGAAUGCCCAGCCGGCAAGAACAGCGACGAAUACGACCUAGUUCUAAAGGAAUGCAUGCGCUGCCUCAAGCCAGGCGGCUACCUCGAAUUCCAAGUCCUAGACGCAGAAAUCUCCCGCGCAGGACCGUACGCCUCAGCAACAUCUGUCGAGAUGGUCUUCAACCUCCGUAAGCGCGGCUACGACCCAGUCGCCUCAAAGACGUUCCUCGCCCGUCUCCGCAACAACGGAUUUGUAGGCACAAAGCGCGCCUGGAUGUUCCUACCUAUGGGCACAGAGCCAAUCGAGCACCAGCCACCACGCGAAACCCCCGCCCCGCGUGUGCAAAGCCAAAUCGAAGGAUACGAAGCCGUACAAGGACCAGUCGGGAGCACAGCCGAUAUCGCUAGUAUCACUGGUUUGUUCGGCGGUUGGAUGUGGGAGUCAUGGUUGUUGAAGCUGCGGAUGGAGAUGGGUCGGGAACGAUCGAUGUUGCUUGAGGGUGUUGGGGCAGUCUUUGAUGAGGGGAGGAAGAGUGGUGCUGGUUGGACUUGUUUGUCUGGUUGGGCUAUGAAGCCAAGGAAGAGGGCUGGUCGUUCUUCUGGGUUGGUUUAG